AGCGGGAGGGGCGGGGCCGCCGGAAGGGGGCGGGGCCAGGGAGGGUCCGCGGGCGCGCAGGAGCCGGGAAGCCCAGCUGCGCCCGCGCUGCCGCCGGACCUGGCGCCUGCUUCCGCGGGCCUUCCUUCGCUAAGCCAAUGAUGUCGCAGUUUCCAGUGAAGAAGAAGAAGAAGAAGCAGCGCUUGCGCCUGCCCGGCUCGCCAGCUCCCCUGGCGCAUCCUGUGCGCUUCCCCAAAGUGGUGCUGUGCCUGGUGGAGAAGAGGAUGGGAGCCACGCGCAAGGCUUUCCUUACCACUCUGGCCCGCCAAAGGGGUUUCUGCGUGGAGGAUGCCAACAGUGACAGAGUUACCCACGUGGUGUCAGAGGGCAACUCUGGAGAUGAGGUGGUUGAGUGGCUGCUGAAGAACGGGAGCCGCGGCAUCGAUGUCUUGGGUGGCUGCCCAGCGCUGCUGAACACCAGCUGGUUCACAGAGAGCAUGAGUGCUGGGCGGCCUGCGGAGAUUGAGCCCAGGCACCGUCUCCAGGUGGCUGCCCAUGCAGAGACGCUGGAGGCCAGGUGCCAGGUGCCAGUUUAUGCUUGCCAGCGCCGAACUCUGCUGGCGCACAGGAACCAGACACUCACGGAAGUUCUGCAAACGAUGGCAGAGGAGGCACACUUUUGUGGCAGUGAAGCCCGCAGCCUGGCCUUCUCCAGGGCUGCCUCUGUCCUCAAGUCCUUACCCUGGACAGUCAGAAGAGUGCAGGAGCUGCGCUCCCUUCCCUGCCUAGGAGAGCACUCCAGGAGAAUCAUCCAGGUGAUGGCGCUCUCUGAAUCUUCCUCUCUUUCCUCCACAGCCUUGGCUUCUCUCUUCUGCCAUGCUCUACAUGCCACCAGAAGGUUUCCUUGCUGA